CGGCCUCGGGCUGCAGUGCCGCUGCCCAGCGCCCGGGAGCCGGGCUGGCCGGCGUGCCUCGCCGCUUAUCUGCGCUGUUUGGCCAGCGAGGGUUGGAAAGGCAGGCUUUUCUGUCCCCGCCGAGUCAACAGGCAGACCCCGGGCCGCCGGACUAUUUCUGUCUUAUCAGUCGGCGGCGGCGGCGGCGGCGGGCGGGCGGCGGCGGCGUGGGCCGUGGGCCGUCAGGGCAGCCCUGAAGGGGCCCCCUCCCCACUCCGCUCGAGUAGAAGUGUGAGAGAGCCCAGCAGGACUCAGAGGGGAGAGUUGGAGGAAAAAAAAAAAGGCAGAAAAGGGAAAGAAAGAGGAAGAGAGAGAGAGAGAGUGAGAGGAGCCGCUGAGCCCACCCCGAUGGCCGCGGACGAAGUUGCCGGAGGGGCGCGCAAAGCCACGAAAAGCAAACUUUUUGAGUUUCUGGUCCAUGGGGUGCGCCCCGGGAUGCCGUCUGGAGCCCGGAUGCCCCACCAGGGGGCGCCCAUGGGCCCCCCGGGCUCCCCGUACAUGGGCAGCCCGGCCGUGCGACCCGGCCUGGCCCCCGCGGGCAUGGAGCCCGCCCGCAAGCGAGCAGCGCCCCCGCCCGGCCAGAGCCAGACCCAGAGCCAGGGCCAGCCGGUGCCCACCGCCCCCGCGCGGAGCCGCAGUGCCAAGAGGAGGAAGAUGGCUGACAAAAUCCUCCCUCAAAGGAUCCGGGAGCUGGUCCCAGAGUCCCAGGCUUACAUGGACCUCCUGGCCUUUGAGAGGAAACUGGAUCAAACCAUCAUGCGGAAGCGGGUGGACAUCCAGGAGGCUCUGAAGAGGCCAAUGAAGCAAAAGCGGAAGCUGCGUCUUUAUAUCUCCAACACUUUUAACCCUGCGAAGCCCGAUGCUGAGGAUUCUGAUGGCAGCAUUGCCUCCUGGGAGCUGCGGGUGGAGGGGAAGCUCCUGGAUGACCCCAGCAAGCAGAAGCGGAAGUUUUCUUCCUUCUUCAAGAGUUUGGUCAUUGAGCUGGACAAAGACCUUUACGGCCCUGACAACCACCUAGUGGAGUGGCACCGGACGCCCACCACGCAGGAGACGGACGGGUUCCAGGUGAAGAGGCCGGGGGACCUGAGUGUGCGCUGCACGCUGCUCCUCAUGCUGGACUACCAGCCUCCCCAGUUCAAACUGGAUCCCCGCCUGGCCCGCCUGCUGGGGUUGCACACACAGAGCCGCUCAGCCAUCGUCCAGGCCCUGUGGCAGUAUGUGAAGACCAACAGGCUGCAGGACUCACACGACAAGGAAUACAUCAACGGGGACAAGUAUUUCCAGCAGAUCUUUGAUUGUCCCCGGCUGAAGUUUUCUGAGAUUCCCCAGCGCCUCACAGCUCUGCUAUUGCCCCCUGACCCAAUUGUCAUCAACCAUGUCAUCAGCGUGGACCCAUCGGACCAGAAGAAGACGGCGUGCUAUGACAUUGACGUGGAGGUAGAGGAGCCCCUGAAGGGACAGAUGAGCAGCUUCCUCCUGUCCACGGCCAACCAGCAGGAGAUCAGCGCCCUGGACAGUAAGAUCCAUGAGACGAUUGAGUCCAUAAACCAGCUCAAGAUCCAGAGGGACUUCAUGCUAAGCUUCUCCAGAGACCCCAAAGGCUACAUCCAAGACCUCCUCCGCUCCCAGAGCCGGGACCUCAAGGUGAUGACAGAUGUGGCAGGCAGCCCCGAGGAGGAGCGCCGGGCUGAGUUCUACCACCAGCCCUGGUCCCAGGAGGCCGUCAGCCGUUACUUCUACUGCAAGAUCCAGCAGCGCAGGCAGGAGCUGGAGCAGUCCCUGGUUGUGCGCAACACCUAG